AUGUCCGAGUUAAAAACGACUAUUCCCAAGGGCUCCUUGGUACUAGUAACUGGUGUGACAGGUUUUGUCGCUUCACAGGUGGCCAAGCAGUUUCUAGAGCGCGGAUACAAAGUGCGCGGUACUGUACGAGAUAUCGGGAAAGCAGCCUGGCUUGUCGAAGACGUCCUCAAGUCCUACAUUGACGAGGGUGCUUUCGAGCUGGCCCUCGUGCCGGACAUAGCUGCUGACCAUGCCCUCGAUGAAGCAGUCAAGGGAGUUUCUGCAGUUGUGCACUUAGCCACAAUCGGCACUUUCGACCCGGACCCAAACAAAGUCAUUCCCCAGACAGUCGCUGGCACCAUGUCGGCCUUGGAGGCGGCAAUGAAGGAGCCGUCGGUGCUGCAGUUUGUUUAUACCAGCUCAAAGGGGGCCGCCUUGAUCCCCUCCGUAGGAGAUGCCACAAAUAUCGGACGGGACACCUGGAACGACAAAGCAGUUCAUUUAGCUUGGGCUCCUCCUCCGUACGAGCCCAGUCGCGGGAUGCUCGUAUACUUCGCUAGCAAGGUCGCAGCAGAGAAAGCAGUGUGGAAGUUUGUUGAGGAGCGGAAGCCGCACUUCACGGUCAACGUCAUCAGUCCCGCGGGAAUCAUUGGUGAACCGCUUAACAAGAAGCAACCUGGAUUCACGGCUUCUUGGAUACCGCAGCUAUACGAGGGCAGAACAACCUACUUGGACACAUCUGUUUCUAUAUAUUUUGUCGACGUGAAAGAUGUCGCGCUGCUCCACGUUGCAGCCGUCCUGGACCCCGAGGUUAAGAACGCCCGCUUCCAUAUUUGGGGCCAGCAUAGUAGUUGGUCCGACAUUGCUGUCAUUAUGCGAAAGCUCCGCCCGGACCACGAGUCCAUUCCUGAAUUUCCGACUCCCGAGUAUCUCACGAUAUCGACUGAUCAGAGUGAGACGUUGGCCUUGCUGAAGCAUUGGGGUGAUCACGACGGAUGGAGGCCGUUGGAGAAGACUGUUGCAGACAAUCUAAGUGUUUGCAAGUGA